AUGUCAAUGGCUGGCGCUGAAACGUGCGCCUCCCCGCUGCGACAGCCGCCAUUCAACCGCCUCUCACCCAGCACGCCGGUGCAGAGCCCGAUGAGCUCAUGGUACGCAGACACGUCAGAAAGGCCGAGGCCUGUCAUGUCCCCGCUGAGUCCACUCCAGUACCGCAGCACCGCCGUCUUCACGCGACGUGACGAUUUCACACCGCGACGUGCGUCACCCAUAUUCGCUGCUCGUGGGGCACGCGUUGCGAGUGGAGGGGUGAUGUCCCCGCGUUGCGCCAUCCUCACACAGCGUAGGUAUCAGGUGACGCCGGUGGAGUACUCGCCCUGCAUGCCGGGGAGUCAGCGGCCCAAAACGCUUAACGGGCGCGCCUUCUCCUCCACCUUCUUCCGCGGCAGCACGGCAGGGUCGUCUGCGCGCCGCGUCGGAGGUCACAGUGGACAGCCGCCGCUCCUCGACCACGCCGCCUCGGCUCGUCCAUUAUCGGCCCGCGAGCAUUCUUUCUCCAUUCAGCGGCAACAACAACGCCAACAAGAACAACAACGCCAACAGCUUGAACAACAACGGCGGGAGCAAGAACAAGAACUACAACAUUUCCAGCAAGUGGCUACUGGGCAGAAGUUCAAAGGAAUUAGAAAGGACGACGAUUCCCUCGUAACAAGCAGCAACGAUCUUUCCAACACCGAUGAUGGAUUCUCGUUCCAGACGAAGACAACGAGCUCAAAGAAUCUGACCAUCGGGCCAACAAAGCCGACGACGGUGAAUCAGGUGUGGGAUGCCACGCGGUCUCCGGAUUCUCCGUGCCGUACGCCAACUUUGACGGAAAUUCUCCCGCAGCAGUCUGUGCAAAGGGUUGUCACGCCUGCAGGGCGACGUCCAAAAACGCCAGAUCUCUACAAUUCUCCACAUAACUCACCAUCACUGGCCAGCAGCGGCCGUGGAACUCCGCAGGGAAUCAGCCUGAAUAGCACUCUUAACAGAGAGUUUCCUAUUCAUGAAAGUUUGUGCAUCACCCCAUACCGAAAGCCGGUUCCAGCAACGUCAACGCUCUCGAUGUAUUCAACUGUGCGCUCAACGGUCUUGCAUCGCUCCCUCAAUAGCGAUAGUGCGAUCAAGAGAGGACCUCAAAAACCCGUGACAAAUGCGGCUUUCGCAGCGGUGGUGACAAAAUCUGCUUCAUCAGCAGCUGUGACACCUAGCAAAACACCAACUCAUGGCAGCACUUGCAGCCGCAGCAGCACGGAGACUUCACAUAUGACAAGUCGUGUUGUGGUGGAAUCCCCGCUUCCUGUGAUGGUGAAAGCUUCUUUUGCUUCUUCACGGGUUCUUCUGCGUCAGUUUGUUCAACGGUGGCGCAACCAUUACGAGGAGAACAAGAACGCAUACUCUGAAGGAGGAUACAUGACUGUCACACCAGGUAAAAAAUUGAACUCCCGCUAUGUGGUUGUGCAGAAGUUGGGUUGGGGAGAGUUUAGCACCGUGUGGUUGGCGUAUGACACGAUGCACAUGACGCACGGUAAGCCACAUCAAGCUUUUGUUGCCUUGAAGAUAGCCAAGUGUGACAGCGCCGUGUCGGUAAGCACGCAGUAUGAAAUCAACUUACUUCGCUACGUUGGGUCGCAGUCAUCUCACGAGGCACCCCUCACGAACCUUGUGGAUCGUUUUGAAGUGACAGGCCAAUACGGUUCCCAUGUCUGCAUGGUGAUGCCGUUGCAUGGAUCCAAUCUCCUCAGCAUCAUUGACCAACUCAAGGCAAAUAAGUGCAUCCGUAGCUCAUCGGAGAUUUAUAUGAUCAAAGAAAUUAUCGUCUCCAUACUUAUGGGUCUUUCGGAGCUUGAUAAGCUGGAUGUAAUUCACACAGACAUCAAGCCGGAAAACGUUCUCUGCACCUCGCCAGACUCCAAAAUACUCGAUGUUAUUGAAUCCUUCUGUCGGCGUAAUAAGGAACGUUCAUCCAUGGUGCCACACGAGAAGGUACGGGAGGCCAUGUUGCAGGGUGACCCCAAUCACUUAGUGUGCAUCGCAGACUUUGGCCUCUCUGUCGCGGUGAAGCCGUCUGCGUCUGCCGAAACCUCGCAGGGGCGCAAACACUGCUCGUUUUUGGACAGCUUGGUAGGAGGCAAGAAGGAGUUCCCUGUAGAAAAGGCGGGCACGGUGCUGAACCAACGCGGUACAAUGAUUCAGACCCGUGAGUANCGUGCACCGGAGGUCCUCAUUGGCCUCGAUUUUAACACACGCACCGAUAUGUGGAGCGUUGGCUGCAUGGUGUACGAGCUUAUCACCGGCGACUUCCUUAUGGACCCGAAACGGCGCACCAGGAACGAGCGUAUGAUGGACGUGGAGCACCUAGCGAUGAUGAUGCAGCUGCUAGGUCCCGUGCCAGAGGAGAUCAUUCGCCUCCGUGCGGGGCGUGAGGGUGGCCGCCCGCCACCGCGCUACAUUCACCGCUACUUUAAUGAGAGCGGCCGAUUCAUCUACGCCGACAAAUACCGCCUGUACCCGCGCCGCCACCUUGACCGUGAACUGGAGCUAUUCUUACCACCCACCGAGGCGAAGAGCGCUGCUGCGUUCAUCAUGGCCUGUUUGUCAUCGUACACUCCCACAGGACGGCCUUCGGCGCAGACGAUGAUAGGACACGCGUGGCUCGCGGAGGUCAUGGGCCAGCAGCGUUGCUGA